AUGAGUCUUGAUCCUAAAGGUCUCAACGAUCGAAGGAUUAAUGAAGAUGCGGACGGGAUGCAACGUGAUUCUUUUAGAGCUGACGUGAAAGAAUUGGAGGAUGAUAAUGUCAAUGAGAGACUAGGUCUACCCCCAGUGUUGAGAGUGGCACUACUUGGAGGAUCUGCAGGCUUAAUUGGGGGAGUUGGUGGACUAAUACAUGGAUGGCAGACUGCCUCGUUGAAAUAUUUGGCAUCAAAUUCACAUAGAUUACCGACAACGUAUAAUGGAUGGUUUUUCUAUCAUAGGAGGAAGAUGUACUUCUGUCUUAAGCAAUCCAUGGCGACGGGCUUUAAGACAGGAAUGCGUCUUGGAACAUUUGUUGGAUUUAUGUUUGGAAUAGAAGCGGUUCUUGACAAAUCACGUGGAGUUACAGACUUUGGAAAUACUAUGAUGGCAGUGUGUGUGCCUGGUUUUUUCUAUGCAUGGUGGCAUAGAAUGCCUCAAGUGCAGGCUAAGGAUAUAAUCAAAAAGGGAGGUCGUAUGGGUAUCCUUUUUGGUCUAACUCAAGACUUGUUACAAUUCAUCAGAGGUGGAGAUGUGUGGUACUUGAACAGGUUCUUUGGUAUUCAGCCAAAGAAACUUAGGGAGAGAUUCGCAAAAUAG